GGAAAUACGGUUAUUACCGCAGCGCAGUUAGGUAGCAAUUAGGACCUACUUUGCGCUCGUCUCGAGAAGUUUCCCGACGUUUCGCCAAGUGGUUACCUUCUCGCGACGUUCAACCUGCCGCUUCCGUUCCUCUCUCAUUCUGAACGGUUAUAUUCUCUGCGUUUGCUCCCUCCGCCCGCGCGACCGCCCGGCGGCCCGUCUUGGAGUUGGCCCGUCAGCGCGGCGUGAAUGGGCGACGUGGAGGAGGAGGAGAGCCGGCGGCUGGAGGACUUCUACACGCUGCACGAGGUGCUGGGCACGGGCGGCUUCUCCGUCGUGCAGCGCGCCGUGAGCAAGGAGGAUGGCGCAGCGGUGGCGGUGAAGACGCUGAAGAAGCACGGCGGGGUGAGCGUGUCGAACGCGCUGGUGGAGAACGAGAUCAUGGUGAUGAACCGCAUCGUGGACGCCGUCUCGCCGCACCCCAACGUCAUCCACCUCGUCGACGUCUUCGAGGACGCGGCGUGCAUCCACCUCGUGCUCGAGCUCUGCUCGGGCGGCGAGCUCUUCGACCGCAUCGUGCAGCACGAGCGCUACUCCGAGGCGGGCGCCGCGCAGGUCAUCCGCCAGAUCGCGAGCGGGCUGUGCAGCCUGCACGCCGCGCGCAUCGCGCACCGCGACCUCAAGCCCGAGAACUGCCUCUUCCUCACGCCCGCGCCCGACUCGCCGCUCAAGAUCAUGGACUUCGGGCUGAGCUCCAUCGAGGGCGAGACGAGCCCGCUCGUGGGCCUCUUCGGCUCCAUUGACUACGUGUCGCCCGAAGCUCUCUCCCGCCGCGAGUCCCGGGCCGCCGGGGACAUGUGGUCGCUCGGCGUCAUCCUCUACAUCCUGCUCUGCGGGUAUCCGCCGUUCCAUGCCCUCAACAACCGUGCCAAACAACAACUCAUCCUCAACGCGAGCUUUGACUUUGACGAGUCGUCGUGGAAGAGCAUCUCGCAGUCCGCCAAGCAGCUCGUCACCAGCCUGCUCACCGUUGACCCCACCAAGAGACCCACGGCCGCUGAACUGCUGCUGCACCCGUGGGUGAAGGGCGACGCGGCGCGGCAGGAGCCGAUGGAGCCUGAGGUGUGCCGGCGCCUGCUCACCUUCAACGCGCGGCGCAAGUUCCGCGCGGCAGCGUACGCCAGCAUCGUGAGCAACAAGCUCAUGCUGCGCACGCGGGCCCUGCGAAACAUCCUGGGCGGCUUCGACACUCUCAAUGAGACGGAGCUCAAGGACCUCCACACACACUUCAAGAGAAUAUCGUCGAGUGGCACGAGUGUGACGGUGUCGGAGUUUGAGGACGUGCUGAGAGCCUUGAGCAUGGGCAGCCUCGUGCCCAUGGCGCGCCGCGUGUUCGAGGUCUUUGACAGCGACAAGAACGGCGCGGUGGACAUGAGGGAGAUCGUGUGCGGCCUCGCCGCCUUCCGCAAGUCCCAAGGCGACGACGCCCUGCGCCUCUGCUUCAAGAUGUACGAUGCGGAUGACUCGGGGUACAUCUCCAAGGACGAGCUCGCCGCCAUGCUCAAGGCCCUGCCCGAGGACUACCUCCCCCCCGACAUCCUCGAGCCGGGCAUUCUGGACGAGUUCUUUGACCGCAUGGACGCCAACUGCGACGGCCGCCUCAGCUUCGACGAGUUCAAGGCCGCCAUCCACGCCGACCACUUCCUCGUCGACGCCCUCCUGCAGCCCGCCCGGGGCGAGUCGCCCGCCGCCCGACCGCCACCCAAAGGGGAAUCGCCGCUAUUCCGGCAACAUCAGUGGUGACUUGGGGGAUAUUGAUUCCGCACCUGCUUUGCAGUGCACAGGGGAUGGCAUUGGCCUGCCAGGCUGUAAAGCAUUGUAUUGUGCAGUAUAACUCAUGCCUCCUUACUAACGUACUGUUUUGCGCGGUGGCGAGUUAUAUCGCAAUCCGUGGCAUUAUGAGUUUUGCAUACAGCAACUCAUUGGAUGCAACAUGCUCUCGGUUGGGGUAAGGACUUACAUAAUCUAAUCUGGUUACUGGUUUUUUGCAAUAUAAA